GGCGAUGUACCCGUCCCAGGCUAGCUCAACUAUCGCAAUUCCAAUAUGGCUACCAACCCAACAACCACGAAGAUGGAGUUUGCUGUGCAAAUGACAUGUCAGAAGUGCGUAAAUGCAAUUCACAAUUCGCUUCAUGGAGCAGAGGGUGUUAAGUCAUUUACAGUGGAUCUGGAUACAGAGCAAGUCAUUGUCGAGACCACACUAUCAACAGCGCAAGUCCAGAAGAUGAUAGAAAACUCAGGACGAACGGCCAUAUUACGUGGUCUUGGUGCCACAGAAACACAACCAAAACACUUAGGAGCUGCUGUGGUUGAGAUGCGUAGUGGGAAUAUUCUUGGUGUCACCAGAUUUGUUCAGCUAUCUGAGGAUCUCUGUGUGAUUGAUGGCACAAUUGAUGGUCUUACUCCAGGACUCCAUGGGCUCAACAUUCAUGAAUUGGGAGAUCUGUCACAGGGAUGCAGUAGCACUGGUGAUCACUAUAAUCCCAGAAAUUGUAAACAUGGAGCACCGGAGGACAGUGAGAGACAUGUUGGAGACCUUGGUAAUAUACUAGCAGACAAGAACGGCAGGGCUUCUUUUCGAUUAGAAGAUAAAACUGUGAAGGUUUGGGAUAUAAUUGGCCGAUCACUAGUUGUACACCAUGGAGAAGAUGAUUUAGGUCGUACCGAUAAUGCUGUGUCAAAAAUAACAGGAAAUUCAGGCCCAGGGUAAGGCAAUCUAAGCUAUUGAUUCAUAGGAUUUGGA